UUGAGUAGUAAACAAAACAUUCCAGCCUCCAGCGCCGAGCGGCAGACGAUCGAAAUGUGAAGGAAAAUAUCAACACAAUCUCUUCGAAAAUGGGCAACUGUCUCUUGCUUCUUGGAUUCAAGAAGCAGAAGAGGCCUGUCACAUUGCUGUUGGUGGGUUUAGACAAUGCCGGCAAAACGACAGCAGCGAAGGGAAUCGUUGGAGAUCCUGUAGAAGAUACGACACCAACAGUAGGCUUUGCCCCAGAAUACCUAGAAUAUAGAGGCUGUGAAAUUACUAUAUAUGACUUAGGUGGUGGCAGUCGAAUCAGGCCAGUGUGGUCUAAGUAUUUUUCUGAGGUCCAUGGUGUAAUAUUUGUUGUGGAUUCAAGUGAUCCUAAUAGAAUACAGGAAUGUAGAGAUGUUCUUUCAAAUCUUCUGUCAGACAGAAAAGUUGCAGGGAAACCAGUUCUUAUACUCGCAAACAAACAAGAUGUUGAAGGUGCCAUGGAUGAGAUAGACCUUGUCGAAUCACUUAAGAUAGAACAAGUUGUCAAUAAAUACAAAUGUCCAACGAGAGUGGAAACCUGCUCAGCCAUCACAACGCGGAAAGAGAAGCCUGACAAACCCAUUGCCGAUGGAUUCAGAUGGUUGGUAGAUACUAUUGUUGUGCAUUACAAAGAAAUCAAUAAACGAGUAGAUGCUGAUAUGGAAACGGAACGAAAACAACUAGAGAAAGAAAUGGAGGAGAGAAGAGAAAGGAUACGAAAGCUAAGGGCAGAGAGAGAAAGACAAGAAGCCCUUAGGAAUCAGGCCUUGGCUGCAAGAAAUCAGGUACCGGGUGUCCCUGAUAGUGACGACUCUGAUGUUGUUGUUAGUGACAUGACACAAGGCCCAGGAAGCAGUGGCAUACCUAAUGGUGUAUUACCUCAGUCAAGAAGGAAGUCUGUUAAGCAAAGGAGAGAGGUAAGGAGAAACUCAACAGAUGACCAGGAGCUCAGGGAACUUGGUUUCAAGUCUCCUGCAGAUCUUCAGGAUUCUACCACCUCUUCUUCCUCCACAGAGCAGGCUUCACCCGAGAGAGCACCAUCUCCACCAAGUUCCAAAAGUCCAAGAAUAUCUUCAGAGGUUGCGACAUCGCCUUCUGAAACAUCUCAGUCAAGCAAACCUCACCGUGUUAUCCUAGUUCAAGAAUCUCCAACACACUUAGCUGCCUCCAACAAUAACCUCUCUGUUAGCUCACCCUCUAGUACUGGAAAGCAGGCGAACUCUAAACACAAGCAGUCUUUGAGCUCACCUUCCAGUGCUGAGAAAGAUAAAGACAGUAGAAUUCUUGAUCCAAUUAGUGCAGCUUAUGCUAAUGUAUUUGGUAUCUCAAAGUUGGACCUUUCAAUUGAGGGGAGGGAGAAUGAGUGUGUUCCUAUUGACUCAGAUGAUGAGAUCUUUGAUAUUCCCUCACUGUCAAAGAGUGGUCGCCAAAGUAGCCUUCCUUCAGUUACCACACGGACAAGUUCAACGCCCUCAAUUAUUAGCUAUAUUAAAGAUCACCUGGAGUUGGAAGCCACAGGUAAGCCACCAAAGAAGAAAUCAUUUUUGAAAAGAUAUCAUAAAACAGCCCCAUUGGUUCAAAAUAAUUCAGCUGAACAUAAUUCUGUUAAUCACAAUUCAAGAGUUCCUCCACCACUGGCAUGACACGGAAUGUAAAAGCUGAUGUUGACAACAUUGGCUAUAAUAAUUAUAUUCUUUAAUAAUCUGUUUUACAGUCCCGGGUUUACCUAAAAAAUAAAAGUCAUGGGCAGAUUUUACAUUUAAGAUCAUGAGCAUAAAAGGUAUUUCUAAACUUUAUUGACCAAGUCGUGAUAUUGUAUAGGCUGGAAAAGAUGACAUCUAAUAUUGCUUCAAAAUUAAAAACAUGGAUGAUUUUUUUUAGGGGAACAAUUAACUGAUUACUACAUUCAUUCCAAAGAAAAUAUACAGAUCUCUUAAUAUAUAGAAGUGUGAGAGAAAAAUCAUGAAAGCAUCUAUGUUAGAUGUGACUAACAGCUGUGAAUUCCAAUAGCAUUGUAGCGUGAGAAACAGAUUUUGUUCAAAUCAUUAUGUUCUCAUUUAUGAAGUGUUCCAUAAUUAAGUAAUGAGAUUUCUUAGUAGAAGUAAGUUGUUCUAGUCAUUAUAUAUCCAAAAUAAUAGAUACUUAAAAAUAUGUGACAUUCAGCUAGAAUGCUUGAAAGUAGAAAGCUUCUAGAACUAAUGUUUCAUAAUGUUAUAAUACAAUGAUUUAUGCAACAGAGCAGGAACUUUAUGAUUUACUUAAAUUGUAAUUUUAUUUUAAAACCAUCAUGAGAGUAUCCUACAAGAAGGCUUACAGUUAUGUUUGCAGAAAGUAAUAAUUGAGGCUAUUCAGUUGACUUGUUAUUUCUCUAUAUAUACUUCUUUGUUCUUUUAUCUUUUCUAUAUGUAUAUGUUUGAUAAUUUUUGUUACUCUGGACAUUAUUUUUAUAUAGACUAGCAUAAUUAUUGGAUAAAGUUGUUUUGUUUGUUUCGGUUUUUAAGGAUAUAUUUUAAAAUACAGUCAUAGUAUUUAUCAUAUACAAUAUAUGAUAUAAUUGAAUGAUAAAAUACUGUUACCAUCCCAACAGAAAACGGUUUUAAAUAACAUGAAGAAUUUGUUCUUUUCUUACAAAAUCUAAUGAUAUUUUGUUAUAUUUUUCUUUAACCCACUCUGUAAUGGUAGGAAUGUAUAUGAUUAAAUGCUCAUUGAAAAGUAGGGCAAGAAAAGACUAUUUUGGCAUUACUACUUGAUUUUUAUAAUUAUUUUGUUACAAAUGUUCUUAUGUCAAAUACUAGAUUUCAUGAAUACUAAAUUAUUUGAAUCUCCAAAUUAAAAUUAAUUUUAUAUUAAUCCCAGUUGAUAAUGCUGGUAAUUUUAAGAAAGAAAAAAUGACUGAUGAGUAUAAAGAAAGUUCUAGUCCCUGGAGGAAUGUAAGUAUGAUGCAGUGUAGGAUUUUUUUGUAGCAUGGCUACAUAUUUUUAAAAUGUGAUCUGUUAAUACUGUGCUAGUCGCUCUGUACAAAUACCAUUGCACAAGGUUUUGUAGGUAUGUGAAGUGCUUUAGAUGCUAGAAUUCAAUAUCUGUAAGUUAUUUCAUUUCUUAGCAAGUACAAGGACAUAGAUUCUGUAAUUUAUAAAACUUACUAAUUAUUGCCAAAGGUAAAAGAAAUAACUUAACAAUAUUGUCAUUAUUUUGCAUUUUGUACCAAAGUGUUUUUUUAUUUGAUUUAAGCUGAUAUAUGCACUGAAGUUUUAAUGUAAAUGUAGUGCUGUAAUUUUAUUAUAGUAGUAAUAGAGGUAACCCUUGCACUUCUUUAUACUUGCUCAAAUGGCUUAAAUGGCAAGGAACAAAGAUAGUCUUGCCAUUUUUCUUUCAACAGUUCAAACCUUGUUUAUCAAGAGAUAGAUGAUCUGAUAAAGGUUUUAUGAAGAUAAAAAGUUUACCUUGAAAAUUGGUAGUUCAUAACUUAACUAAAUUAUUAGUCCCUAGCCCUGUCCGUCAUUGAAGUGGCAUCGUAUUUAGACGUUUUUCAAACAGAGGAAGAGGGAUUUGGAAUGUGUUAAAGUGUAGUUGUUAUAAUAUUGAUUAUAAAGAGUAUUUCUUAUUGAUUUGCUCCACUGUUAGAAUUAUAAGUGUUUGAAAUCAUUUUUUUUCUCCCCCCCUCACUGAAAGCAUCUCUGAAAUUAUGGUACAAGCUUAUGUUAUAUGAAGGUACCUCAUAUGUACUUUAUGGACUGUAGAGUAGUUCUUAUACCGGUAUUAUAUGUAAGGACUUUUUCACUUGUACAUGAUAAGCAUUCUUCUUCUUUUUUAGUUAGUUCAUGAUUGAAGUAUGAAGGUUAGAGUCUAAAAUGUUUGAAUGGGUUACUUUAAAGUUCUGAAUUUUCAUGUGCUUCAAGUGUAUUUGCUAUACAUUGUUCCAACAUUUUCUGUUUGAUUCCCUUACUUCAGUACCAUUGGCUGCAGUUUUAAAUGUGUAUGGUACAUGGGUAUGUGCAUGUGUAUUAAGGUUUAUGUGAACAAAAUGAUUAUAUGCUUGGUGUAAGAAGAAUCAUUUAUUUUGAAUAUUGAAGUUAACUGUUGGAGGUGUUUCAAUGAAACUUCCAUACAGUAUUCUUGAUCUUGGACAAGUUUGACAUGCAUGAGAUGUAUAAAGUAGUCCAAAUAUCUAUAGACUACUAUUUUUUUAAAAACUUUAGUGAUAAGAAACCAGAAGAGAAACAGGUCUAACCCACUUACAACAGAUCCAAACAUAACUGUCACUCGUGCUGAGGUGAUAUCCCAUCAUGUCAUAUGCAGUCUACCGUACUCAAAGUUGUGUACACUACACAGUUAUUUGCUUGUUUUGGCUUUGGCUGUGGUCAUUGAAGAGAGAGAGUCUUUCAAAAGUAGAUUUAAAGCAGCUUUUUGGUCCCAUUACCUAGUCAUUGAAGCUGCAGCCAAGAGCAUAGAGAACAGGAGGUAAAUAUAUGUUUCCUGCACUUAUGAUUUUUCCAUCAAGUGGCUGACUGCAUGUGCCAUCAGGCAUAUAGCUGAGUAUGAUGCUGGGAAAUCCCGUUGUGAGUGGGUUAAACAUGAUUGUGUCGGAAUGUAGGCAUUUAAUUGACAUUUCCCUUGGGACCAAGCUUCAUACUGUCUUAAUUGACAUCUGAAGUUGGAGGGAAAAUACUGGUGUCAGAAGUAAGUGAAGUUACAAACACAUACCAAUCCCUUAUGUUGUCAGUAACUUCAUUCAUGUCAGCAUAUUAUAUUUUCUCAUUGGCUAAUGGUACAGAAGUGAGGGGCUUAAUGUGUACAUUUUUGUUUCAAUAUCUAUAGUCGGCUUGAUAUGCAGAGCCACUUGAGUUUCAGCCACAGAUCACUUUGGAGAUAGAGUGACAAAAACUUUCAGAAAUACUAAGAUCUUGUCAAAGUUUAAGAAAUUGAAAACAAAAUACUGGAAGAUAAGUAGCAUUAUGCUGGUCUCAUUCAACACAUUUUAAGGUCUGCAAUUCUUUUUCACAUAGGUAAUUAGAGAGAGAAAUAAAUCUUUAUUAUAUGCAUAACAGUAAGGCAUCUUUGACAUGAAUAAGACAAACUGUAUCAGGAUUCAAAUAUAUCAGCUUAUUGGAUACAUUUUUUUUCAUGUUCAAUAGUAUUUAGCUAAAGUUGGCAUAUAAGACUCGGAUUUUCAAGAAACAUUUUGAAAUUUGGUUAUUGUUUCAUCACUAUUUCUAUUCGAGGGCACACUGCUUUGAAUGAGGACUUUUUUUUAAAGCUGUGUAUACUGCUUCAUGUAGUAUGUGCUAUGAAUUUUUAAUAAGGGUAAAAUAUUAAAAAAAAGAAAAAGAAAAGAAAAGGCAUCAUUGGUUGGAGAGCAUUGUGCCAAUAAAAGUUAUUUCUUUGUGCAGAUUAGGUUGAUAAGCAGGGCAUCUGAUUCUUUAAAAUGAAUUAUUGUUAACAUAAAAGGGUACCUUAGGAAAAUGCUAUUCUUUCUGGGGAGAAUAAAAAAAAAUAAAAUGAUUAAAAGUCCCUUUGGGGGAUAUUUCCAAGGAUACUAAAUUUUCUAAUUUUUGAUUGCCAUUUGGAAAGGGAAGUUGUCUGUUUGAGCAAGAAAGAGUCAUAUGUUCAAAGAUUAUUUUAUAGUUAUACAUUUAGAAAUAUGAAACUAUUUCAGAUGCAGAUGUAGCUGGUCUCCUUUUGUAUCAUAUUUUUUAUGCCUUAUUUAUUUAUUUGUAACCUGUUCAUUGGUUAGAAUUAAGAUUGUGUCUACAUUUUCAUUUGAUAAAUGUGACCCAUAUUUUGUAUAUUUAUAUUAAUGAGCUUUGUAAAGUGCUCUUUCAUGAUAAAUAUAAACAUUGUCUUUUAUCGAGGUUAUGACUACAAAUGAUGUAUUUUUUGUGUUAAAGUAACGAAAGUGUCUUUUCACGAGAUCCCAAAAUGUUCUAGAUGAUGUGAAAUACAUUUAUGUGUUUUGUGGAUUGUUCACACAUUUCCUGUAUUCUAUUUGAUGCCGUCCAACCAGAGGUCUUUACAACAGUAAAAUAUUUUUCACAA